AUGAGUAAUAUUUAUGUACAAAAGCUACUCACUGUGGGUAAGGUUGUAAGGAGGACAACAGCUGUUGAUAGUGAUUUGGAAUUAUGGGCAAAAGAAACUCCAAAAGCAUGUAGAAAUUAUUUAUGUGUGGAAGGUUAUUAUGAUGACACUAUACUUAAUAGAAUUAUCGAAGGAUUCGUAGCACAACGUAGUGAUCCCACACGUACAGGAGAAGGUGAUAAAAUAUAUGGAGAACCGUUUAAACCUCGACGAGGUUUAAUUUCUAUGGCUAAUGCUGGAAAAGAUGGCAAUGGUUCCCAAUUCUUCUUUACUCUUGGUUCUAUACCAGAAUUACAGAAUAAACAUACAGUCUUUGGUAAAGUUACUGGACAAACAAUAUAUAACAUGCUCAAACUUGAAGAAGCACAUACAGAUAAGAUAAAUUUAAUAGAUUGCAAUUUUUUGUCAUUUGGUGAAGAAGCAGAAGAAGAUGAAGAAGAGUCUAUGAUAUUAAAUAAUAGGUUUAGUGGUAAGGGCAAAUCAGGUCAUGAUCAUUUAACUGAUCCAAAAUUAAGCUUACAACCACCUGGAUUUGCAAAUGAAAAAAGGAAGGUAGACCGCAGUAGCAAUUGGGAUAGUGACUACGAAGUAAAAAUUCACGAGGAAUUAGAAGUUAUAAAGAAAGAGAAAGAGUUAAAGGAAAGCAUAAAAAAUAAAUUGAGAGAUACAAAAAAAACCCGAAGAAUUAUGUCGUUAACAAUUAACGUAGUCGACACUACCCAGGAAUGGACCCAAGGCUGCUCAGCAAUCCAAGAACAUGAGACAAGACUUAUGGCAUUGAGGUCAGUUCCUCAGUGGACAGGAUUCAUCUCUGCUCCAGAAGUCAACAAUCCUUCAUUUUCCCAUGGAUCCUACAACGGUGUUACUACUCAAGUCAGCCCCCUACAGAUGACGGUCCUCACGAUGACUUCGUCUGGGACAUUGCAGCAUCGUUCUCCGCAUCAUCGGGUCUUGUGUUUAGGAAGUGUUAUGGUGCCAAAGGAAGCAGUGAUGUUUGAAAUUCUCUUUGGAUUUAUAAUAAGAAGGUUUUGUGAAAACCCUCUAGAUUUGUGA